CUGGCGUUGCAUAUUUUGAAGUAUUUUCUGAUAUUGUAAGCAAUUUAGUUUUGUGGCACAAUCCGUAUUAUUAUUAUAGCAUACAAUUUAUUUUAGCGAUAAAUGGCAAAAGCAACUUUUAAUUACAUAAAAUGAUUUAUGAUUGAAAUGCAAUGUUUUGGUGUGGACCUUUACAUUUAGUGUACUUUAGUUAUUGGUUUAUUGUUUUUGUCUCUUCCAUUUUCAAUCAUUUUAAUUCGAUGAAUACGGAUCAAACUCGUCCCAAGUUUGGAAUUUCGUACACUUAAGAGCUAGGCCUGGCUUGUAUAGAAAAAGAAAAGCCUGUAUUUGAAAUACGGGGACAAAGCAAACAACUGACAUUAAAGGAUAAAUUAAAAGUUCUAAAAGAUGUCUCCAAGGCGCCUAUUCACAGGAACAAAUCCAAAUUUGGGGCAAAUGACUUCUGAUAACUUAUACCAUUUAGCGGUAAAUAUACCAGAUACCAAGAACACAGCUGAGAUUAAAAAACAAUACGGACACAUUAAGGUUGUUUGUUUAGGUGGAAAGGAUGUGCGCAUGCUUGAAUUGGCUAAAUAUUUAAAUGAAAAGGUUUACGAUGGAAAUUCGGGAAGUGACUAUCAAAAGAAUUUAUUUGAGGCGGGCCAUAGAUAUGCUGGCUUUAUGGUUGGCUGCGUGUUGUGUGUUAGCCAUGGCGUUGGCAGUUCCACCAUGAGCGUUGUAUUGCAUGAAUUAAUUAAAUUGGUGCGUUAUGCUGAAUGCGUUGACCCUGUUUUUAUACGAAUUGGCACUAGUGGCGGAUUGGGAGUUAAGCCCGGCACUGUAGUCGUUUCUAAUCGAGGCUAUAACGGGUUGUUACGCAGUGAAUACGAAAUUGCUAUCUUGGGUGAACGCGUUGCGAGACCAGCUUAUUUUGACGAGAGAUUGCGUAAUGACUUGCUCACUUGCGCCGAAGCAGCAGAUGCCACAGCAGAAAGUAGUUGGAAUAUUAUCGAAGGAAAUACGAUGGGAACAGACUGCUUCUAUGAAGGACAAGGUCGCCUAGAUGGUGCUUCCUGCACUAACGCCAAUAAUGAGCCUUACACAGUAGCGGAUAAAUUAAAUUUUCUGCGGCGCUGUCAUGAUGAAUGUGGCAUAAAGAACAUAGAAAUGGAGGCACCCCUGUUUGCUUCGUUGACACUGCAUUGUGGUAUCCGGGCUGCAGAUGUAUGCGUUACGCUUUUAAAUCGGUUGGAAGGAGAUCAGAUCAGAGCAACAAAAGCGCAAUUAAAAGGCUAUGAAGAGCGUCCCUUCAUCCUUCUGUCCCAUUUUCUCAAGCGAUGUAUAGUAAAAUCGACACCAAAAUAGAACCUGCUUUUAUUUAAAAAAAAAAAAAUAACACUUAAGUAUCUGUAUUUAUAAAGAAAGAUUUGUGGCCUUGUUUUCAAGAAAAUAAAUGUUAUAUUUUUUAUUAAUUAAGCAUCUAAUAA